AGCAGUUCGGCAGCGCGACCCGACGUGGGCACUUCGCUGUCCGGCCUUUCCUUCAUUAAAAUAUUAUUCCGUGCGUAGAGAGAGAGAGCCGCGGAGCCCGGCGAGCCCUCGCCGCCGUUUUCACGCCACGAGCAACGCACUCUCACCACCCCCUCGUCACGGGCCUCGUAUCGUUCGCGAUUAUCGAGGGGUUGGACGCGGUCGCGGAGUUGGUUUUUUUUCUGCCGGUUGGACCGCCACACUCGUCAACGAGGAUUAUCGGCAAGUCCGCGCUGCGUGUGCGACCGAAGAAAACGGUGUUGCACAACGAGAAUCGGUGUUUCCACGUAGUGCGUGACUUGGUCUCGGUCUCGUUCCGUGUCCUCUAGCCAGGCUGUGACGCGUCGCGCGGAACUCGUGUCCCAGAGGAGGCGAACAGAACCAAAAGAAGGGAAGGAAACAUACGACUUGGCUAUCAUUCGACGCAACAACGUACAGACUACCAUCACGAACAUCGUCAUACGGAAUUCGCUUGGAUCACCGUAGAGCGAAUUGGUGAACCGGAAAUUUGUCGUGAGCAACGAAUGCCGGUUUUGUCACCUUUUCUGCGGAGUCUUAGAUAACGAGUGUCGAAGUGUCGGGACGUGCUCGAAUCUGAUAGGAUAGUUAGCGUGGUGUAUUCCGUAGUAGGUCUUCGGAUUUGGGAGGGUGAUCGUUUUAUUAUUAAUCCUGUUAUUAUUGGCUCGUGGACGCCGCCGAAAACUGUGUGUGGUGCUUUUUAAACGUAUUUGUAUUUCGUAUUUCUUGUUUCAUCGAGUUCUCAUUUUAGCGUAAAUAACAAUUUACGUUGGUAUAGGUCUCUUUUACAACCCGGUUCCUUGUUCACGACCCGAUUCCUCGUUUACGACUCGGGUCUUUGUUCACGACCCGAUUUAAUGCGAAGCAAACGCGACCAACAAAAAGUGUUCGGACCUUCUGAUCGCCAGUUGUUUACUUGGAAAAGAAGAUAAAAAAGUAUAAAUAUCGUGUUUCGAUACAGUGUUUUGAGAGAAACAGUGCAACUGCUGCUUGAAGAGAAACUGGCAGCUCGCGGGAUAUGAACCCAGGUACGACCUGGGGUUGUGUCGGGGUAGCUAGCAAAGAAUUAUCUGUCGGCGGUGGAGACCAGAUUUGGACGGAUAGAGAGAGAACGAAGGGGGUGGGGAGUGCGACAUACGGUAGGAGAAGAAGAGGAAGAGGAAGUCGAGAGAGUGUAGGCGCAGGCGCCGUAGGUGAUGUGAGGCUGGCGCCCGCCUCACGUUUGGGGUGAUGCCCUCCAGUGAGCCUCAUCCCCCCCAGUACCACCUUCAGAACCACAACAUUCCUCCCUCGCAUCUGCAACAACACACGUCGACCGCGAUCGGGCAACAUCAGCUCUACCAGCAGCUGGUGGCGGCCCAUCAACAGCAGCAACAGCAUCAGCAUCAGCAGCAUCAGCACAGACAGCAGCAACACGGCGCGCCCUUCCAAAAUUCCACGUACACGCAGCAAAAGCAGGAGAUGAGCCCGGAGGAGGAGGGGGGUCGAGGGGGCGGGUCCCCCCCGGCAGCAGGGGCUGCGUUACAUCAGCCCCAUCACCCCCGGACAGCCAGUCCACCCUCGGGCACAGAACCCUGCACCCGCGAUGCCAUACCGACGCCUACACCGAUCGCGGAUACAACGACAACUACUACCACAACCACUAUGACCAUGCAGUCGCAGAGCCAACAACAGCAACAGCAAGAACAACAAGGUCCAAGCCCUAGUCCGAGUCCAACGGGAGGUGAUGUGGAGAAGUUCGACGGGAAGAUCGUCUACAAUCCGGACGGUUCAGCAUACAUCAUCGAGGGAGAAAGUGAACUCAGCGAGGAUGACUCGUUACCUGACGGUUGCAUCGUAGAUGGACGCGGUGUUUCGGUUCCUCAUUCGUUGGUAUUUCCCCAAAUCGCGAGCGCGUACUACGUUUCGAGACUGUACGCGCAUCAGGCGUAUCAGCAGCAACAGCAGCAACAACAACAACGUUCGGUGGCGCAGCAGCACAAUCCCGAUCUUCCUGUGAUGCACAGCUAUCGGGUGAUAAGUUACAGAAGCGCGGAGGGUAGCAAACAACCACCUCCUCCACCUGCGGCAGCACCUUCUUUAGCAACCUCAGUACCCGUGAAACCUAUUCUAAUGUGUUUCAUAUGCAAGCUCAGUUUCGGCUACGCGAAGAGUUUCGUGGCACACGCUCAGGGCGAACACCAGCUUACCUUGAUGGAAGACGAGCGACAGGUACUCUCCCAUUCCACCGCGUCGGCGAUCAUUCAAGCCGUGGGCAGAGGCAAGCAACCGUUGGUCAGUUUUCUCGAACCAGUGACGAGUUCCACUUGUCCGCAACCAUCGCCCGCGCAGAUGCAGAACCAACAACAGCAGCAGCGUACCGAGUCCACCGAUCACGAAACACCAACCACGACCAGUACGCCUGCCAGCACUCCCGGAGUACCGAGCAGUCCCCAGCAACAACAACAACAGCAACCACAGAGGCCGUCACCUAGCACACCCACCACUCCCACUUCCCAUUCGAAUCAUCCUCUCGCGUACAAUCAUCAACAAACGCAGCAGCAUCAGUGGACCGGCGCCCAGGUGAGCGCCGCUUCCUGGGCCAAAGCACCUGACGCUUCCGCCAUACACUACACGUCACCACCGCCACCUGCUUCGUCGACGAAAGGCUCGCCAUCAUCGUACGCCGCUUUGACCCAGCAACCACCGAAUUUUCUCACAGGCACGACCAUCGGUGUCUGCCCCGAGCACAUGCAAGGAAGACCGAGCGGAGUGGAGUGCCCCAAAUGCGAACUGAUUCUAGCCAGCAGCAGAUUGGCGGGCCCAGGCGGACCCCUGGCUGGAAUUCACAGUAGAAACUCUUGCAAAACGCUCAAGUGUCCGAAAUGCAAUUGGCACUACAAGUACCAAGAAACUUUGGAAAUCCACAUGAAGGAGAAACAUCCCGAAAGUGAAACCUCCUGCAUCUACUGCAUCGCCGGACAGCCACACCCUAGGUUAGCACGUGGCGAGACUUACACUUGCGGUUACAAGCCCUACAGAUGCGAAGUGUGCAACUAUUCUACCACGACCAAGGGCAAUCUCAGUAUUCACAUGCAGAGCGACAAACAUUUGAAUAACAUGCAGGAGCUGCAGCAGGGCGGCGGCGGCGGUGGCUCGGCAACGAACAAUCCAUCGUCCUCGCAGGAUGCACAAAUGGCAACGAGAAGUCCUCAUCACCAACACAACAACAGUCCGCACAUCGCUGGUCAGACCGGGAACCAAGGGAAACCGAAGCCAACAUUUCGCUGUGACGUCUGCAACUACGAAACGAAUGUCGCCCGGAACCUAAGGAUACACAUGACUAGCGAGAAGCAUACGCACAAUAUGCUGGUCCUGCAGCAGAACGUGAAGCACAUGCAGACGCUGUCCGCGCUCCAGUCCCACCACCAACAGGCACAACAUCACCAUCAACAAGCGCAACAGCAACAUCAACAACAAAUCGAACAGCUACUUCAUUUGGGUGGCCUGGAUAAGCCUCAGCAUGCGGAGGCGGCUCUCGCGGACAUGGCUUACAAUCAGGCUUUGCUGAUCCAGAUGAUGACGGGUGGUCAAUUGCCACCGCAGCUUCCACCAGAAAUUAUGGGUGGCAUGGCUAGUAUGGGAGCCAUGGGCAACCUCGGUGGUGAUGUUGGUUUGUCACCAGACAGCAUGGAUCCACCACCCGAACCGGCUGAUCCUAACCCUUCACAAUUGUAUCAUUGCUGCGUGUGCAACAAUUUCGCCACCGAUUCCUUGGAAGCUCUUGGCCACCAUUUAGCUGUGGACAGAACGAGGACACGAGAAGGAGAAAUUCUCGCGCUCGUAGCUGGCCACUUCGUUUGUAAACUUUGUUCAUACAAAACCAACCUAAAAGCUAACUUCCAAUUGCACUGCAAGACAGACAAGCAUCUCCAACGUUUGCAGCAUGUAAACCAUGUGAAAGAGGGUGGGCUUCGAAACGAAUGGAAGUUGAAGUACCUGGCCUCGCCCACGAGCGCCGCGCAAUUACGUUGUCACGCGUGCGACUAUUACACGAACAGCGCUCACAAAUUGGCCCUGCAUGCCGCGUCACCCAGGCACGAGGCUGCAGCCCUACUUCUUCGUCACCUGCUCGAGGCCAGUGGCAAUGUACCAUCCCAAGCGAAGUUGUACCAUUGCGCUUUGUGUGGCUUCAGUGCGAGACACAGAUUGCCUCUGUUGCAACAUGUUCGAUCACUCAGACAUCUUCAAAUGGAGCAGUUACAUCAACUUCACAGACGAAGCGGUAUUCAAGGGAACGAGACACCGCACACUGAUAUCGGAGAUGUUUUCCAAGUUAUGAGCGACCCGGAUGCUCCACCUGCGCAACAGCCCAGUCCCACCAUGCCAACCACACAGAAUACUACCAAUGCCAACAAUGAACGACGAGAGGAAGGUAGCGACUGUGGCAGCGAGGUGAAGCAGGAGCCGGAUAACGACCAGGAGCCGGAAAAUGACCCAGAAAAUGAGCAGGAGGAAGUCACCUGCCCAUAUUGCACUUAUCAGCCGACGUCGCGCGAAGAAUUGAGGCAACAUUUGCAAGUGGCUCAUGUCCAGGAUGCCGAGGACAAAGCGGAGACCGUAAAGGAAGAGCCGCCGCCGGAAUUGUUGUGCCCGCUGUGUCAGGAUGGUUUUAAAGAGCGUUCCGCGCUCGAGAAACACGUGAUGCAAAUACACUCGGUUAACGCGGACGGCUUACAACGACUGCUGUUACUGGUGGACCAGAGCCAUUGGUUGAACAACAAUCCGCGAAACACCUCGACUGCAGCGGUAACGAUGCCGACUUCGCCGGCUACCCCCACGAAACAGCCGCAAGAGGAGGAUUUGAGCGAACGUGGAGCCAACGAGGAGAUCGAGGAGCUCACCAGAUGCACCGUCUGCGGACGCGUGUGCCGCUCGUUGGAGGAACUACAGCAACAUCACAGGGAGACUCAUCCAGCCACUACACCCACUCUUGCCGUCAGCGAGAAACACGUUUACAAGUAUCGAUGUGGACAGUGUAGUCUCGCGUUCAAGACUCUGGAAAAGCUGCAACAGCACUCGCAGUAUCACGCUAUCCGAGAUGCGACAAAAUGCGCCCUCUGUGGACGAUCGUUUCGCUCGGUCCAGGCUCUCCAAAGACAUCUGGAAUCUGCUCACGCGGAUCUACACGAAGACGAACUCGCACAGUACAAGCAGAGCCUGCUGCACGCUCAUCCGUUGCUUCAAGCUCUCACGGAGGAAGCUCUUCGCAGGCAGGGGAAUUUGGUUGGAGAACAGAACAUCGAGGAUGAUGCCAGCAAGGCGGAGGAGGAAGAGAGUGACGCGAGCGACUCGUCGCCAUUACACAAGGAGCAACGUCUUUUAGAAGAUUAUUUGAAUAGUCAAACAGUGGCCGAGGACUCGUAUCACGAUCCGGGGAGAAAGUUCAAGUGUCAUCGCUGUAAAGUCGCGUUUACCAGGCAGAGUUACUUGACUGGACACAACAAGACGCUAUUGCACCGCAAAGGGGAAAAGAUGUCCUAUCCCAUGGAGAAGUAUCUGGAUCCUAACAGGCCAUACAAGUGCGAAGUUUGCAAGGAGAGUUUUACUCAGAAGAAUAUUCUGUUAGUUCAUUACAACAGCGUGAGCCAUCUACACAAGUUGAAGAGAGCAAUGCAAGAGCAAGGCAACAACAACACACUAAUCUCUGUCGUACCGCCUCCUAGUCCUACGGAAUCCCCUGAUUCUCAGCAAGACCAGGACAAGAAACCCUACAAGUGCAACAUUUGCAAGGUAGCUUAUUCUCAAGGCAGUACUUUGGACAUUCACAUGAGGAGCGUGCUGCACCAGACUAGAGCCAGUAAAUUACCAGAUCUUGCUGCCAGUGGUCAGUUGGAUCUUGCACGUCCAUUGAUAGAACAGCCUCCGCCAAGCAGCCCAAAUAGUCCACCGGUUAACACCAGCACCUCUGGAAACAGCGGAACAAUGUUGUCAUGUCCUCGAUGUAGUGCUCUUUUUGUCAAUCAGGAGCAGCUUGCCACUCACCAACAACUUUAUUGCAUAUUUAGCAAUCCAUUGGCGUUGUUUCAACAAAUAGCGUCUCAACAGCUCCCUUUAUCCACACCAGCGAAAACUCCACCUCCUUCAUCUACGACACCUGGUCCACAACAACACAUGCAGCAGAGUACGCAUUCUUCGCAAACAACGCAAGAUAUUUUGUCUCAGCCUCGUCACAAGACGUCGCAAAUGUACAAGCAUCUUCUAGAAAGUUUCGGUUUCGAUCUGGUGAUGCAAUUCAAUGAGAACCACCAAAGACGUCAACGUAAAGAAGAAGAAGCUGCUGCGGCGCUCCAAGCUCAGCAAGAACAACAGAAGCAGGAGCAACAGAAACAGGCGCUAGCUGCUCAAGCUGCUCGUGAAAGAGAGGAAGAAGCUGAAGAACAUACUGAUGAUGACGUUAUACCAGAACUGACUAGAAGCACCUGCCAGCAUUGCAACAAGGAAUUUAGUAGCGUUUGGGUGUUGAAAGCUCAUUGCGAAGAAGUACACCGUGAUCUGGUGCCGCGCGAAUUCUUAGAGAAAUAUGCUCAGCAAUUUAAAUGUGAAUACGAGAAGAAGAGCGUUGUAGUGACUGUUGCAACGUCUUCUUCUACGUCGUCCGGACCUAGGAGCUCGACACCAGCUUCUAACCAGCCGCAAGAUCUCUCCUCGGAUAAAGAACAACGUGAAAAAGAGAAAGAGGAGGUUAAUGAGAACAAAGAUCGUGUCAGUAAGACUCCAGAGGCUACUUCUACUACUCCAGUAACGACUCCAGCAUUAAGCAACACGCCUGUAUCGAGUACAGAUUCUACGAAUUCGAUCGUAUUGCCGACCAAUCCUCAGCACCAUAUUCAACAACAACAACAACCUCAACAGCAGCAGCAGCAGCAGCAACAGCAGCAGCAGCAGCAACAACAACAGCAUGCACAAUUGACUCUUGCGCAACAGAUGACCGAAAUGCAAGCUGCCCUAAACGCAAUGGCUGCGUCUCAACUGCAGCAGCAUUUCCAACAGUAUCCUGGAUUGGUGAUGGGUAUGAUGGGUCUACCGCUUGGAAUACCUGCUUUGGCUGCUAUGAAUUUACAACCACCUUUGGUACCGAUGAUGCUACCACCACCGCCGUACGAUGGAACGGCUACCGGAUAUCCGCCUAUCAAUGCUCAAGCUGACCUCUUGACCAAGCAACAUCUCGCCCUGCAACAACAGCAAGUAGCAGCCGCAAACGCGGCUGCCUCGCAGAAACGAGCGCGAACGCGCAUAACCGACGAACAGCUAAAGAUAUUACGAGCGCAUUUCGACAUCAACAAUUCUCCCGGCGAGGAGCAGAUUCUAGAUAUGGCGGCUCAAAGCGGGUUACCGCCGAAGGUGAUCAAACACUGGUUCAGGAACACGUUAUUCAAAGAGCGGCAACGUAACAAGGACAGCCCGUACAACUUCAACAAUCCACCUAGCACUACUCUGAAUCUCGAAGAAUAUGAAAAAACCGGAGAGGCAAAAGUGACACCGCUGAACUCUAGCGUAUCUGGAAGCAGUUCCUCGGAUGACAAAAGUCCAAACAAGCAAGCAACACCACCACCGUCAACGACGACCGUGAAUACAUCUCAGGCCACUGAAAUAAAACAAGAGAUUCAAGAACAGCCGCAGUGUCACGUGCAGCAACAAUCGCAGCAUCAAGAAGAACAGCAACAUCAUUCUCCUGGAAGCUCCGGUGGACAGCAGUCGAGACCGCAUUCACCGGCGCUCAGCAUGAGCUCCGUGUUCUCUGGGAUUCAUCACGAUGUGUCAUCGCACGCUUCAUCGACAACCAACGCUCCAAGCACUCCUAUGCUCCCGCCAAAGUUGACACCACAAAACUUUGCCAGCCCCAAUCCCGGAGCUGGUAGCGUCGUUCCAGGCGCCAUUGCGGCCAUGGCUCUAACGCCCCAGAGAUCCCUGAGCCCCGGGCGUGGACCAACUGACUACUCCUUCGGUGGAAACACCAAUGGCAACAACUCGUCGGGUGGCAGCUCCGGGAAACGAGCUAACAGGACAAGAUUCACCGACUACCAGAUCAAAGUACUUCAGGAAUUCUUCGAAAACAACGCGUACCCAAAGGACGACGAUCUGGAGUAUCUGAGCAAGCUACUUGGACUGAGCCCGCGCGUGAUCGUGGUAUGGUUCCAGAACGCUAGACAGAAAGCACGAAAAGUGUACGAGAAUCAGCCAGCCGCUGAGCCAGUGACAACGGGCAGCCGCGAGGGCGACGACGGUUCAGGCCGCUUCCAGCGGACCCCAGGCUUGAAUUACCAAUGCAAGAAGUGUUUGCUGGUGUUUCAGAGAUACUACGAGCUCAUACGUCAUCAGAAGACGCACUGCUUCAAGGAGGAGGACGCGAAGAGGAGCGCCCAAGCGCAGGCGGCCGCGGCCCAAGUUGCCGCGGUUCUCAGUUCCGAAGAUAGCAACAGCAGUUCCACCACCACCACUGCUAACGCCGUCUCCAGCAACCCAACGAACACUCCCGCUCUCGCGGAACAGUUGCAGCAACCAUUGAACACCACUACGCCUCCCCACCAUCAGCAGCAGACAACAAUGGGCCAGACGCAUCAACAACCUCAACAACAGUCGCAGCAGCAGCAGCAGCAGCAACAACAACAACAACCAUUGCAGCAACAACAGUCGCAGUCGCAAACCGAGUCGAAGGAAGGUAGCUUUCAGUGCGACAAGUGUAAUUUGAUGUUCGGGCGAUUCGAACUGUGGCGCGAACAUCAGCUGGUACAUAUCAUGAACCCAUCCCUUUUCCCACCGGCUUAUCCACCAGAUUCACCUUUCGGGAUUCUACAGCAACAAGCACUGAACGCUACCACCGGAGUAGCUGCCGAUAGUCCUCAUCCUUUGAUCGCUAUGAUGCAGGAGAGAAAGCGAAAGUACGAUGAUUUCGACGAAGGAACAGGAGGUGACAGCCGCUCGAACUCCGAGCACAACGAGCAGCCGAAAGACAAGCGAUUGAGAACGACGAUACUGCCCGAACAGUUAGAUUACUUGUACCAGAAGUACCAAGUCGAGUCGAAUCCAUCGAGAAAGAUGUUAGAAACCAUCGCUCGGGAGGUCGGUCUGAAAAAACGUGUUGUUCAAGUGUGGUUCCAAAAUACACGUGCUAGGGAACGGAAAGGCCAAUUCCGCGCGCACAGCCAAGUGAUCAACAAACGUUGUCCAUUCUGUCCAGCGUUGUUCAAAGUGAAAUCGGCGUUAGAAUCCCAUCUCAGCAGCAAACACGCCGAUCAAGUGGCGCGUGGCGAAGUUAAUAUCGAUAAUAUCCCCGACGAAGAACUCUCGAUGGAGUCGGCUCCUUCGAACCCGAGCACGCCGAAUAUGAUGCCUCCUCUGUUCCCACCUUUCAACACCGACAUGGAGGCAUCCUUGAAGAAGUAUUACGAGGAGUCGAUGAAACGAUAUAUCAGUGAGCUACAGGCUCACGCCAGCAACGGUAAACAAGAAACCGCGAACCAUCAGGCAGGCGGUAACAGCGGUGAAUCUCCUUUGGAUCUGAGCAAACCGGUAGACCUGAGUCGCCCGAUGAAACUGAGUCUCGGUGGACUGAGUAAUCUUCUCGAAGAGCAACACGGAGCACAUUUUCGCGGUGGUAGCGAUUGCGGUCCAUUGACCGACCUUUCCGAAAGAAGUAUCUGUGACGACGACAGCAUGAGCGAGACAACGGAAUUCCUAGACGACGAGAGUGGACCGGCGAGUCCAGCCUCGAGCACACAGAGCUCCAGACAGGGACCCGCUUCGGCGGGGACCGGAAGUACCGCGGGCCCGCCGGUUACCGGCACCGGCAGCGGAACAGGCCAGUCCAGCGGCAAGAGAUAUCGCACUCAGAUGUCCGCUACCCAGGUGAAAGUGAUGAAGUCGCUGUUCUCGGACUACAAGACGCCUACGAUGGCCGAAUGCGAGAUGCUCGGGCGCGAGAUCGGACUGCCGAAGCGCGUGGUUCAGGAGUGGCAGGUGUGGUUCCAGAACGCCCGCGCGAAAGAGAAGAAAGCUAGACUGGCGGCAGGUUUGCCAGCCGAAGGAUCGGCCGUCCAACCUCAUCGCGGUCCGACCGGGCCCGACGAAUGUAGGCUUUGCUCUGUUCGAUACUCGGCCAAGUCGCCGCUCCAGGAGCACGUAUUCUCACGACGACACAUCGAAUCGGUGCGUGUCGCCGUCGAGGAAGGUAGCCUCGUGCCGCCAACACCCGGCGCACCGAUCGUUCCUGGUGGCAACAGUGGCGCAGCAGGAAUCGGUAGCUCGCCGGUGGUCGGGCCUGGUAACCAGCAAGGCGGCCAGCAGCAGCAAUCGGACGAAAACAUGAUGUACGGAUCCUUGUUCCUCCAUCCUACGGCGAUGUUCCAGCCUCAGCAACAACAACAUCCGGGCAGCGCAGCGGCUAGUACGGCUACCACCACGGCCGUAGCGGCUCCAGGUUUGAGCGGCAGCAUGCACGGCAGUGGGCUAAUGUCGUUGCACGUGGAAGGGGGCACUCAGGUCCAGGUGCCGCGCUCUCUGAUGCAAGCAUUCCUGCAGCAAGACCCGAACCAUCCAGGCCUGGAAACGGUCCGAUUGCCGACGCCUCCGUGCGGCUCCGAUGAGAACGGGCCGCCACAGCACUGUCGCGAAGUCGAGACGGAACUGUGCCUGGUCUGUCGCCGAUGCGGCCGAGCUUAUCCGCAAGAAUCGACGCUGCUCGCUCACCAACGCUCCUGCUAUCUUGGCAAUCAACAGCGUCGCGGUGCGUUGCGCCUCGUCCAAUCUCGUUACGCCUGUUCUCUGUGCGAUGGAAACACCCCGACGAGAACUUACACGACGGUCACCGAAUGGCGGCGUCACGCUGAAACGUUGCAGCAUCGAGCUCGCCUCGAAGCGAACCAAGAACGCCAACAACAGCAACAACAGUUUGGUAACAUCGGCGCGGAAUCUGUGGGACAGUGUGGCGAGGAAGUGCAUCCGCUCACGGACGAGAUGGAGGAUGUGGUGAAUCAAAUCACCCUGUUGGCUGCUCGCGCGGCCGCUGAGAGCACCACGGGCCAGCCACAGGCUAACGAGAGGGCGAACCAGGACAACAAUAACGCUCCCGACGUCAAGAGGCAGAAACUGGUCCAAGAGGUUGCUGCUUUGGCUGGCGCGCGUUAAACGGAGCGUGUCACGCGCGAAAGAAGCGAAUAACAAAGACAACGGAGAAGAAUCGUCAGGCAGAGGUGCUACGACGAGAUGAGCCAUCGAACGUUCGCGAAUCGUCCGGUUCGCAGGCCGACGAUUUCUUCGGGAGGAGAAGAUGAAGAGGAAAACGAGAACGAAGGAAGAAAACGGAAGCUGGGAGAGAGUGUUCGAUGGGUGCUCCUCUUCGACGGGGUACUCGAUAACGAAAGCAAACAACGUUCCUAACUGGCUAAAUAAAGGGGAGGGGGUUCCAACCAAGGCAGGAACUGUCGGUGGGGGGGGGGGGGGGCUUUUUCUUCCGCUCCGGGCACCGGGGAAUCCCCGGCUCCAGAUACUCGCGCGUGGACGGUGGACCAAUCAACGAGGAUGCCGCGUAAUGGACCUCUCUCUUUAUUCUCGUUUUAAUUUCGGGCCGCGCACGGGCCACUGUCGCGCGCGUAAUCACCAAUUUAACUAAUAUUUUUGUUACAAUAUAUGUACACACAUAGCGUGCCACCAAAGCAGCGCGCUCACCAAAGUUCCUUCGAUAGAAAGAAUGAAGAAUGCUUCGGAGUUUUGACGGACACACGUAACGGGACGAGUGAAAACAGAGAAACGAACGACCAAAAGGAUUAUCGGUUUGUUGUUUGAUAAUUGAGAGAGACGUUUGCACGAGUCGAGAAACGAGCGAUUUUCUCGAUGGAUCGUCGUUCUUUUCUUUUCUUUUUUGUGUCUCUUUUUUUUUUUCUCUUUACGAAGCGACAUCGCCUCUAUACGUGCGUUGACUUUACGCAUCGGUCGCUUCGUAAGUAGGAUUUUGGGGAUGGAGAUGGCGGCGCGGAAACCGCGAGGCGACGAAGAAGCACGUGGAGGAGAAUAAAUACGUGGGGGAGAGGAAAAGAAUGAGCAUCGACGACGCCGGGAAGACGCGUCGAGGUGGGCUGAUUUAAACGUUCCUAUGUAAAGUAAUAAUAAAGAUUUAAUGAAACAAAAGAAAAAAAAAGUUACUAAAACAAGCGGACAGACGUUAAGGACGCGGCGUAGUAGGAUAGAUGGCGCGGCGUUCGCGAAACUAAUAGCGUCGCGCUCGUUGCGAAUACAUACGUACAUAUUCAUCUCUAAGAAAUGAAAAAAAAAAAAAUGAAUCUUCACUCUCUGUCUCUCUCUUUCUCUUUUUACGUGCGUGUGUAUGGGUGGUACUGCGUAAGUAGCGUGUGUCAAGGAGGAUGCGAGAAUCGGAUGAAGCGUUGUUCACCGACGGUGACCACGAAAAAAGAUGAAAGACACGAAACGGAAGGGAAUCGCGAGAAGAAAGGAAGAUCACCGCGUGUUCCUCUUUUCUUUUUUAAUCCGCAAAAGGUGAACGCGCGAAAGUACAUACAGAGGCCAGAGAGGUUCACGUGUCGGAGGACGAUCGGACGACCUUUUGAGGAAAUCGGUGGCUGGAAGGAUUUUUUCUUCGAAAAAAAAAAAAAAAAAAUGGAGAGAGAACCCACGCGCACACGUGCACACUCACACGCACUCACUCGUGACACGUAUACACGUGCAUACACGCAUACACAAGCCUAGUAAUAUCCAUUCUAUAGUUUCGAGAAACACCCACAGGGCACGGUAACCCCGCGGCUGGGAGGGGUUCUUUUUAAGUACGAUAAAACGCGUAAUAAACGUCGCUACCGGCGCGCGAAUUUUAAAACGUGAGAUCCGUUCAUUUUUCUCUGGCCGUGAGAGCAAAACGCUCGUAAGGAGAAACGUCGAAUGGAAAGAAGAGUAAAGUUUCGUGGGAGAGAAACGAGAACGACGACGCGAAACGAAACGGGGAAAAAGCAAAAAGAAGAAAUGGGAAGAAAAACGCGAGAGGGCAAGUUGCCCCGGUGCCCGUCGCGAUACGGUUCGCGUUCACGAACAAGCAGACCCAGAAACAUGGUUCCUAUAUUUAAUAAAUUAUAUUUAAUAACGCUAAAAAAAAACCUAACGAUUAAUGAUUAAUAUUAAUGAUAAUAAUAAACAUAGUAAUAAUAACGAUAGUAAUAAUGGUAAAUAGUUAUAGCUAUCGAUAGCUGUAAUUGAUUAUCGCUAGUUAAUCGGUCGACGAUACGAUAGCAAAUCGGUCAGCCGUGCCAGAGACCGCGAUCGGGCGCAGUGCUGAUCAAGACGUGAACUUUUUUGGUUCUUUCUCACUGGAAAGCCGGAAACGGUGGAUCGCGCGGCGCGUGUGAUGCUUUCGGGGUCGACCGAAGGAAAGCGCGAAGUUCGCGUACGCGCAAAUCGGGUCUCCGUGGUUACGAGAGAAAAAAAGAAAAGAGAAUUAAACGCAGUUGAAUCGGGUGAACACGGCAUAGCACUGGACACGAUGGAAGAAAAAGAGAGAAAAAAAUGAAUGAAAGAAAGACGUAAAUAAAAGUCACCUCUCGAUCGACGGACACGGGGUUUUUGUAAAGGUCUGCUCGGGAACGACAGAGAAUCCACUAUUAGCUCGUAAGUUAACGGUUAAUUACAAUUAAACUGUAGAUUUUAAGGGGAAUAUGGGAGGAUAUGCAUCGGUAGACGACACACAAGACACACUCAUGCAUAGGUAUAUAUAUAUAUAUAUAAAAAAAGGUAUAUAUAUAUAAAUAAAUGAAUAAAAUGAAUGAACAAAAAGUAUAUAUAUAUUUAUGUAGAAAAUUAUAUAAAUAUAUAUAUAUAUUAUAUAUAUAAAUAUAUGAUGUUGUAACGUACUAGAAUCCUCGCGGGUAAUAUCCGAAACGGCCACGUGUAUACGCGCGUACGUACGUCGUGUUUCUCGCGUUUUGUUUAAUCUUUUAAACACGCUUACGCGCCGAAAUCGAACACACAUACAUACACACAGACAGACAGACACACAUACACACGUACAUAGAACAGGAAAAAAAGUAAGCGAAUUAUCAAAAAGCCUGAAAACUAUCUGGAAAAAUGGUGAAUCGGGGAUAUCGCGAAUGUGAAAAAAGAGCGGGGGUUGUGCCACCGUAUGUGCAAGAGAGAAUGUGAGAAGAACCUGUUAAGGGUCGCGCUCCGAAUCUUAACCUCAAAAGCGAAAAAAAUUAAAAACCGAGGAGUUAAAGCGAAGGUAAAGAGCGUACGACGAAGUAAGAAGAAAACGAAUAUAUAUAUAUGUAGUAUAAAGAGGGUACUACCCGGCUACGUGGAAAGUAAAUUAGGAAGAAGAGAGAGGGGUUGAAGGGGAUGUUUAUGGGGAUGAAAGGCGGGCGCAAAACGCGUAGUGGUCGUUAGACGUCGAACGAGACGCAAAGUAAUAACUAUUUGUAAGGUAACUAAGCAACUCGAGGUUCCUGUCUGCAAAAGAUAAUUUUUCUAAUGUAAACGUUGAUGACGACGAUUAUUAAUAUUAUAUUUGAUUAUUACCGACUAUUAUUAUUACGAUUAUUAUUAUUAUUAUUAUUAUAGAUUUACUAUAUUAUAUUUACAUAUAUGUGGUCAUGUAUUUAUUAUUAUCUAUGUAAAAAGUUAUAGCGUUGGGCUAAAACUGAAACGAAUGGACACACGGUAACACGCACACAUCACACACAUACGACACCUGUUUAGGGACACUGUACACACACGUUUAUAUACACGUAUUUAUACACGCAAAGAGAGACACGUGUAAUUAUUGAAUUCACACGUACAUAUAAACACAUAUACGUAUACACAUAUGAAAAUCGAAAUUCCCAAUUGAUCGCGGUGCUCCGCGGCGAUUCCCUUUUUAGUUAAAUCGUAACACGGAGCAUCGAAACGAAUGGAGAAAAGGAAAGAGAAAUGUUCGUAACCGAUACCUCGCAAAAUAGGACAAUUGUUACUAUCCGGUGAUCACGGGCUAAUUAAAAAUCUGCGUAGAUGUUAAUCUGUAGAUUACGAAGUAGCGAGCCCCCUCUUAUUUGAAAUCGUGGCUUUCACCACGUUUCGUCGAUCUCGAACGCUCUCAUCAAGCCUGUAUAUUGCAAACGACCUAACCGAACGGCUAUACAUACACACGAUAUAUCACUAAUCUUAGCAGACGAGACGCGAGACCUUGGAAAAAGGGCGAAACGCGUCCCCUUUUAUCGCGCGUACAUUCUAACGAAAGAGAAUAAGAAAGCGAAAGAGGAUGAAAACAGAAACGAAAAGAGGAAAAAGAAUGGUAUGCACUUUGGCGCACAAAAGAAUCAACAUCGUGUUCCUUUUAAUUGUAUACAUACACAUAUGUAUAGACGCGUAUACAUGUAUACACGGAAUAUUUAAUUUUUCUAAUCGAUUCGCGGCUAAUACACACGCAGGAGAUUUGCACGAGACGAAUCGACGAACGCGCAACUUGUUUCGAGAAAAAACAUGUACAUCGAACAUAUACUCACACUGUCUACACGUACGCAUAUAUAAUACACACAUAUGAACAUGUAGACGUAAUACACACGAAACAUGCGUAUAUACGUGGAUACCACACAUCGAGAAUUGAAGCGAAUCGAAAACAUCGAGAAUGGUCUCGAAUCGAUAUAACGUUUAUCGCAUAUACGCGCGUGGAAUUCUCAAAACGCGGCAACGUACGUGCGCGUGUACGCAAAACUGGGUUUUGGCGUUUUGAGUUUCGAGUACGGGAGAUUGCGUGAUAGAGUAACCGAACCUCGCUACUAGCUGUUCCUAAAAUCAACAAUGAUGAAUGAGUGAUAAGCGUGCGCGGAUUAAUUUAAGGAGUGAACUAUAAGAGAUGCAAUUGAGUAUGCAGAAACUAUUAUUACGUUGCGAGAAAUUUUCACCGCCCCAUCGCCGCCCGUCACCUUCCGGUUUCUCUCGUCGAUCGUGCGACAUUUCCUCGCGAGAUCACGCGACCCGAGAACGUUCGACGAUACGUCCUUUCGAUUCCACGAUCGAUUUUUCUAUCCACGGCCUGCUAUAAUCGUCGACGAAGCUCGUACGAAUAGACGCGGCUGCAAAACCGAAGCUUAUAAGAAAGAAAAAAGAAAAAAGAGAAAGAAGAAGAUAUAUGCGAUCAGUGGAAAAGAAACUAUUCGGAUGAUCAGUUACACGUAUUUACAGGGUCAUACGGUCGAUUUUUAAGAAGAUUGAUCGUGGAAUGGGAACGAUGUUAAGAUCGAUUCGUUAAAAAAAAAAAAAAAAAAAAAAGAAAAGACGAAAAUCGAAAGAAUCGCGGUUUCCUUUUUCUUCUUUAUCGGAGAGCACAGAAAAUGGAAACACAAGUGGUAAAACGAUACGUCGUGUAAGAUUCGACGAGAAAAAGAGCGGCUGGCGGCGAGGAAGUUUUUCAGUUUUCUAUAACUGUCGUUGAGUUUGUAUGAAAUAUGUUGAAUACGACUAUACUUAUUGGUAUAACCCUAUUGGUUAUUUCUAUUGCUAUUGCGAUUAUUAUCUAUUAUUAUUAUUAUUAUUAUUAUUAUUAUUAUUAUUAUUAUUAUUAAUGCAAUGAUUGAAAGGGCGUUUAUUAUUAUUAUCAUAAUUAUUAUUGCAUUAUGAAUAUUAUUAUUAAUAUUGUCACUAUUAUCGUGGUUCACAUUUAUCGCCGAUUGAAUAUUUUGUGAAUUUGUUCCGAGCUACAUUUUCAUUGACUAUUAAUUAAUAACGGAUACUAAUUGAUAACGAUAGCGACUAAUUCUUGUGAGAGAUUGCCAUGUGUAUAUCUUAUAUGUACUCACUUACGGGGCCCGUGGCCCUCCGAUGGGGCCGGAAGAGGCCGUGCAACCAGCGUGGCCGCGCGGUCAACCCCGUAAACGCCGGCUCAAGAACCCCGACGAUGUUGGCGCCGCGCGCGAUCCGUUCCUCUGCGUGCGAGAGCAAUUUUUUUUCGAGAGCGAUCGUGGUCUGUGUCUGUCGCAAGGUACUCGAUCGCGAUACUUAUAAAAAAAAAAAAAUAAUAACGUUUCUCUCCUCGCGCCUCGCGCCUCGCCCCUUUUUUUGUAAAACUCGCGGAGACGCGGGGAGACCCACUUGACGAGAAACGGUAAAAAGAAAAAAAAAGAGGAAACGAUACCGACGGCUUCGAUCGAAUACAAACCAGGAUAAACGAGAAAAAUAAGACAAGAGAGCAAGCAAAAAAAAAAAAAAAGGUGGAGGUAAAGGAGAGAAAAACGAUAACCGAAGAGAGAAAAAUGUGGAAGGGCGCGCGAGCAUGCAAACAGACGUGCGUUUCUCGUACUUGCUGGCGAAGAUGCGCAAGAGAGACGUACCGAGUGUCGUUGUUUUUUAAUCAUUUGGCAAUCGUUUGUGAUUUUCGAGCGAAGUUUUCAAGCAAGGAUUUAUUUUUUUUCGUUGUCGAGUUUGCAUUCUUCUGUGAUGCCUGUCACGUUCGAUCGCGCGACAAUUUUCACGUUCCUAUCAAAUCGACCUCGUCCGAUUUCUUUCGUCGCGUAUCAGCGACCACCACCUUUCGUUGAUCUCCGAUUAAUCGUCGAUCGAUUAACUCGAAAUAUAAAAGCCGCGUAAACUCGGGAAUCACGAUGUAGGCCGAGGAACGAUAAGAAACGAAGGCGAAACGCGGCCGAGAGAGAUGGAGACAUCGCGUACGUUCUUUCUUGUUCAUCUCGUCCACCCACGCUCGCCCUUGUGUACAAAUAUAUAUUUAUGGUGCCAUAUGUGUUAUGUGCGCGCGAACAAGAUCCCGUGUUCGCGCACGCAUCUAGAUUUUAUAAUAGAGAAAAGAAAAUGAUGAAAAAAAAGAGAGAGAAUAAAAGGAAUAAGAGUUGAGCGAGCGAGAGAGAAAAUGCGACAUGCAAGCGCGAAAACGUAUCGACAUACGAGCACACAUAUACAUACACGAGCACAUGACAAUUCAUAUUUACAUGCAUACACGCGUUACAUGUACACAUACAUACAUACACACAAACACAAACACAAACACACACACACAAACACACAAACAAACACACACA